AACCUGAUAAAUGAUAGUGAAUUAGCACUUUUUAGUUCAUAGGUUUUUUCAAAAAGUUGUAACUGUUCGAAGGAUUCUCGUUUUUACGACCUUUUCAAGUGCAUAAUUUCAUAAACUACAUCUUUCAAAAUGAGUAUCAUGGAUUAUAAUGGUGGCGCCUUAAUUGGCAUGAAAGGUAAGGAUUGUGUUGCCAUCGCCACUGAUAAACGAUUUGGUAUUCAAGCCCAAACAGUGUCUCUUGAUUUCACAAAAGUCUUUCAAAUAAAUCCUCACACAUAUAUGGGAUUUCCUGGUUUAGCUACAGAUAUAUUUACUGUGUACGAGAAAAUUAUGUUCAGAAAAAGGUUAUACGAGUUAAAAGAGAAUCGGAAAAUAUCUCCUAAAGCAUUAGCGUCUCUGGUCUCCAAUUUGUUGUAUGAAAACAGAUUCUCACCAUUCUUUGUUGAACCAAUGAUUGUUGCUUUAGAUGAAGAGACAUUGGAACCAUACAUGUGCGACAUGGAUUUAAUUGGUUGUGUAAAUAAGUCCGAUAACUUUGUGGUGGGAGGUACUAGUUCAAGUCAAUUAUAUGGUCUUUGUGAAGCUCUUUGGGAGCCUGAUAUGGAAGAGGAUCAACUAUUUGAAACUAUAUCACAAGCUUUGGUUAGUGCUUGCAAUCGUGACGCUAUUUCCGGUUGGGGUGCAAAGGUUUAUAUUAUUAAAAAAGACAAGAUAAUUGUGCGUGAUAUCAAGACGCGAAUGGAUUAAAAAUUUUGAAAAACAGCAAUUUCAAUUUGUGUAUAUUUUUUUCAUAACUAAUA